UUACUUUAAACAUGAAAGUUGGCGACAUGUAUCCGUGCUUUGUUGCUGCAUACAGUGUUUGCUGAGAAACAGAUGCUAUUCUGUAUCUAGCAUUCCUGGAAGACAUAACGUUACCGUGAUAAACUCAGGAGUCAGUGUCGUGCUCAGGGCCGGUGGGUGGAGACUGUCACUGCUGAUCUCUGGAUCAUGAUAUCUGCCGAUUCCAGGGAAAUGAAGAGUGUCUUGAUCUUUCAGAGUUAAUGGAUGAGUGUUUGAAUGAUGUCCUCAUAGCGGGCCUGAUUACACCAUGGAUCAGAUGACAAUGAUCUCUCCCACUUUAGAUAUCUCUAGAUCUGAAGAGGGAGACAAUGUGCACGUUUCAGAAAGCCUGCUGUCCUGUAAUGAGGACAGAGAUAAGUCUGAACUAUCUCUUGAGUUGCAUUUGGAGGCUCUGAAGGCCAAACGCAAGCAGCAGCUGGAGAAAUUAGAGCUUCGGCACCAGAAUGGCUUGGAGAAGAGGCUCCUGCAGAACUCCCUGCUCGCCUCGAGCACUGAAUGGAUACUUAAAUCCAAAAUACCCCAGCAGAGCAUCAGCAAUCAUGAUGGGCGAAACUCUGAGAACCGCAAACACCACAGUUCAAAGGUGAUUCUGCAGAAUUUGACCUCAAAUGGAGUCAAGGCACCAAGAACUACUGGAACUAAUACUUUGGGAACAGUGACAGAGAGACAGAGGAAGCCUCUCCCCCAGGAGUCACAGAAAGCCAAAGAGGAGGCAGACCUGGCCGAGUGUCAGAAACAGUUUUGUGUCGCUCCCGUCCCUGAGCACGUCUCAAAGCCUCUUUAUGAUGAACUCAUCCAUGAACAAGAGCGCUUGAGGAAGGAAGGUCGUGAGCAGAGGAGAGAUUUCCUCUUGACCAUCCAGAAGCCCUUCAGGUUCCACAAGAGGGAGGAGAAGAAGCGAGAGAGGCUGAAGGAGGAGAUGGCCUCUGCCGAUAAAAGUGAAAAAACAGAACAAGUUUAUGUGAGAAAACCUAUACCGAAAGCGGUCUCAGACCCCAGCUUCUCUGAACAAUUGAAAGAGCAGGAGCAGCAAAGGAAGAUUCGCAUUCAUCUGAGAGCUCAGGAGACUCUGAAAGCCUCUUCAGCACCCAUUCAAAGGCAGGAACCCAGUGCAGAUAGACAGACCCGCAGUGUUCAGAAGAGCAAAAGCAAGAUGCUGGGUUACUUGGACCAGAAGCUGUCCUUCAGACCUACAACUAACGCUGCCGUGCCUGACUUUGAUAAGCUCUACCAGGCCUUUCAACAAAAGGCAAUGGAGGCAGCAGAGAGGAGAGAUGUCACUCACUGUAAACCCUUCCAGCUGCGCACGUCCACACUACAGCCACGUCACAGGAGCCCAGAAAACCCACAGAAAUCUACAGACAAGACGAAUCUAAAGAGAAGCAGUUCAUUUGGCGGCCUAACGUCACUGUCUAUGGACACUCUUCCAACUUACAUAACAGAUGCUGCCAGGAAAAGAUCCAUGGCUGUAAGGAGGUCUCUGGAGCUGAAGGACCUCAAGGAGCAGGAGAAUGCAAAGUGGAUGAAGCAGCACAAAAUCAAGUCUCAAGCUAUGAGCAGGGCAGUAGCAAUGAGAGCCAAGGCAAUGGACCCUCAUAAAAGUCUUAAAGAGGUCUACCAAGAGAAACUCAAACAGAACCGGCAAACUGAUCUGGAGAGGAUGAAAGAUUAUCAAAAAGAGCUGAAGGAAAUCAAAACCCGAGUAACAGCUCGCCCGUACCUGUUUGAGCAGGUGUCGCAGAAAAAUGCCAAGAAUAAUGCUGAACGCAGAUACAGGAAUACUUUGGAACAAGCAGGUCUGGACGAAAGUUUUGUGAGAUCAAAGGGAGAAACAAAUAAGGCCAUCCAUGUGAACAAUGAGUCUGCGGAAGAGGAUCAUGACAGCACUGAAAGCGAAACCCAGAAGAGUGCAGGAAGUGGGGAAGACAGUGUCACAAAUGAGGAGGAAAAAGAAGGGAAUGUGGAAACCAAAGAGGAAGAGUUGUGCUGACAGACGCGGUUGGUGGGCCAGUGUAUUUCAUCCAUAUUCCAUAUGUGCAGGGGAGACUGUGGUCAGACAACAAAUUGCUGGCAGAUCGUUUCAGUUUUGAAAAAUUAUGUUGUGCAUGAUUUACUUGAAUGCAGAUUUUAUUUUUUAUUUUGUAGAUUUUACUGUAUUUUGCAUUACUGUAUAUUGCGCCAGUGAAUCAGUGUGGGUCUUUAUACAGCUGAGCCCUCUUGUUUGUUAAAGUUUUUUACAAUAGAGAAGGGAUUAUGAAGUUUCAAGAAAUUCCAUAUGGGUGUCAUAACAUUUUUAAUAAAACAGAAAAUCAAAAGCAAGUUUAAUUUUAUGAUUCUAAGCAUGUUACGGGGGCUACCGACCCAACAAAGAAAGAAAUAACCAAAAAAAAAAAAACACUUGGCAACCAGAGGAGCUGCAUAUUAAAAGCAGUAUAUUUGCUAGAGUUCUACUUACUGCACAUUAAAUCAUCUUGUAAACCACAGAAACAGCUCUUGGGUUUGGUGUUGGGCACCCUCAGGGUUUGCAAACUGUAAAUUGGGGAAGCAUUGUCUUGGCAUGAACACAUCUUCCACCUGGAGUCUGUCAAAUGUGGCUUUGAAUGUCUGCUAUAAUUAUGAACUAUAACUGUGACAGAGACUAGCUUUAUUCAUGAAACUCCAUUUGAAUAAGUACACAAAUAACAUUCUAAGACAACUCUUCUUUAGCACAAGGCCCAUCUGAAAUUCUCAUUCCUGAAGUCAGGCUAUUUUGAGAGUCAUAGCACUGUUUGAGUAAACAGCCCUUGCACAUUUAUCCUCUAUUGGAAAAAGAGCUUGUGCUAGUGCAUUUGGCCACAUCAAGAGCUUUUUACUCCAACUGGCUUCUUCAGUGCUGGUUGGAUUUCGGUGAUUUUUUUUAAGGAAUUAAAGGAAUUUGUGUUUCUGUGUAUAGGGAUGGAAAGUUCUUAGUUAUUUUAAAGAUUCUGAGGCAUAAUUUCUGCUUUUGCUGUUACAUGAUGAUCUCAAGAUGGGACAUAAUUACUUUAAACAAGCCGUGUAGCAUGCAGUGUAGUUUAAAGGCUAAAAUUGAACUUUUGGCGAAAAUAGUAUAGCCAUAGCCAAUCUUGUCCAUUUUGUUGUAUAACUUGUAUAUUUAGUGGUUAAAGGAGUGAUGACACUGACAAAUUAAAUGAGUCAACUGCACAUUUGAAAAUGACUGCCCAGUUUCACCUCACGAUACCCAUUCAUUUUGUUUCGGAAAUUCUUUUUUUUGUUGUGGCUGAAAGAGGUUUAAGUGGAAGUACAGUAGGGCUUUGUUCCAAUUCUAAUACUGAUAUACACUAGAAUUAUGUCUUUUACUGGUAAUGGGAGAGUCAGGGGGUCAAGAUUUGGCAGCAGUUUGGUGCAUCAUUUCGAAAGGAGUGUAUUUACAGGUUGUGUGUAUAUGAACAUCACCACAAAGUCCUAAGAGUGGGAAACUUUUGAUUUUGAACUCAAGAUUCAGAUUUGGGGUGUGUCGUGGACAUGGAGGAUGGGAUGCUGCAGCAAUGCUGUAUUUUUUUAGGCCAAUCUGAAAGUUUGCAUCACACUGGUUUCCUCGACACAAUAUUUCAAUUGGCUUUUGGAUUAUCGCAGAAAUGUUGCUCUGUUAACAACAAAAGUUUAUAAUUCUGACAUGUUUUGUUUAUCAUGAUAAUCUUCACAAAUGAACAACUUUAUGUUGGCACCGAUAGCCUCGUGGGAAGCGUGCCGACAUAUAGCGUCAUUGCGCUACGGGCGUCCCAAGUUUGAAUCCCGGCUCGAGGGCAUUUCCUGAUCCCCCCUCUCUCUCUCUCUCUCUCUCUCCAACUUUGCUUCCUGUCACUUCUACACUGUUCUAUUCUAAUAAAGUGGGGGGAAAAUGCCAAAAAUAAAUCAAAUGAACAGAACUUUAAUGAAUUUUAAGCCUAAAUACUAUUGCUAAGUAAAAAAAAAAGUUAGUCUAAAUAAACUACACAGUCUACGCAUGACUUCAACAUCAUUACUAAUAAGCUUCCAACAAAUAAUUAUUUGCAGGAAUACAAUAAACACUAGUGAGUAGAUGAGUUUACACUUUCAGCAUGAUCACGUUUAAUAUCCCAGACAACCUCUGUAGUCCCUUUUAGCCACUUGUUACACUCUUAAGAAUAAAGCUUAAAAGGGGGGUUUCACAGCGAUGCCAUAGAACCGGUUUUGGUUCCCCAAAGGACCUUUCAGUGAACAGUUCUUAAAGAACCAUUUUUUUUCCUAGUGUGAAGAACAUUUUAAUAAUCUAAAGAACCCUUUUCUACUGUAAAGAACCUUUUGUGGAAUGAAAAGUUUCCAUGGAUGGUAAAGGUUCUUUGUGGAACCAUUGAUGCCAAUAAAGAACCUUUAUUUUUAAGAGUGUAAGCCUAUUUCAAGACAUGUAAAUGCUUAAAAGAAAAUCAUGAAUAUGGUAUAACUGAUGUGUUUUAUGACCUAAAAUAAAACAUUAAAAAUAUAUUGAGCUUGUGUUAACCAAAAAACAUUGACUUUAGAACAAUGGAAUCGAAAAUGCAAAAAAAGUUGUGAAACUCAUUUCCUGCAGCACUCUAUGGAUAUAGUUUACAGUAAAAUGCAUGAAAUUAUUAUUCUUUAAAAAAAAAUUUAUUUACAGUAAGCCUGGCUAAGUUGCAUGUACAAAAUAGGCUAGUAUUGGACAAUUACAAUAGAGCAUGUAACGAUUCAGAACAUAAAAUUAUUAAAAACAUAAAAGAAAAGUCGGUGCGGAUAGUCUUGUGGGCAAUGCGCUGAUAUGGUGCCAUUGUGCUACAGGCGUCCUGAGUUCGAAUCCCAGCUCGAAAACCUUUCCAAAUCCCGCCCCCCUCUCUCUCUUCGGUUCCUGUCAGCUCUACACUGUCCUAUCACAAUAAAAUGCAAAAACACCAAAAAAUAAAAGUCACGUCAUAAAGUAGUGGUUUGAUACAACAGCCCUCCUGGUUACAUAUUGUUUUAAUUUGUGUUUAGGCAUUAGCAUCUUGCUAAAACUUUUGAGUUUUUAAUUUUGACAAAAAAAAAAAAAAAACUGCAAUGGCAGUUAGCAACUUCAGCCUUGCAUUCUGAAAAUGUUGACAUAAUGCUAUCAUUCUAAGAAAUUAAUUUUAUUUGGUAUCUGUUAAAUAUGUAGAUUCAAUAAAGUUGA